AUGAACUCGCUCACCGCACAUCGACAUCCGGUAUUCAGACUACCAACACCCUUCGACAUCCCCGAGAUCCUCGACAGGAUCCUCUCAUUCGUCGACAAGCGGACCCUCCAUAGCGCCUUCCUCGUCGAGAGGCAGUGGCUCCAGCUAGGACGACAAUACAACGUCUUUGAGUACGCUUGGUCGGACGCCCGGCGGAAGGACUACACUGACCUCGUGCGCGCAAUGUACAGGCUGCCCUGGAUAAGUCGACUACAGUGGCAUGCAGCGCCCCGGAUGGACACCUUUGACGACUCUGUUCAGGCUGACCAAUGGUUCUGGCUCCUGGCGGCGCUCGAGCAUCUCGGAUACGGGCAAGUGGAGCGAGAGACGGCCUAUGAUCAAGCGGACGAGUCUUGGAUGUAUCGGUAUCAGAGAUGGUGGGAGGACGAGGCGAUCGACUUUUCGACGUACCAGGCGAACCCGUUGACGAGAGGGCCGAGGGUGAAUCUUCAGGAAUUCGAAUUGAAAGGUCAUACGGAUGUGCCCAAGUUCAGGUUGAUCUUGCCGUUACUCUCGACAGUAACCAAGUUACGGUUUGUUAAUGUUGGAGGAGAUGGUACUAGACAUCAAACGGAUCUGCAGAUGGGACUUAUUAUGCAACACUGCCCACUCCUCGAGUACCUUUACAUCUCUUCGACGGAACCAGACGGCGAGCAAUUGCCGGGACCGUGGAAUUUUGCGACAACCGACACCAGCCCUGCCUCCUCUACUCCCCCUCACCCUCCAAUUGUAACCUUGCCUUUGAAGUCCCUGGUGCUCAACAACGCCAUGUUUUACCAACACGAUCUCGAAGACUUUUUGGCCUUCACCCCGCACCUCAAGACCCUCAAGGUCAUCAAGGCAAAUCUACUCGGACCACCACCCCAGUUCUUGCGCAUCCCUCUCAACACUGCCCGAUUCUCUCAAGUCUUGAACAACCUCCCUCUGUGCCUCAGCGUCCUCCAUAUUUCUACCAAGAAGUACUCCUACAACGACCUUCCGACAAGGUUCUGCCCCAACUCUCAGGAAAGAUCUUUUGUGGCAAGUGAUUUCACGGCACCCCUUCUACGGACGCUUCGCCAGCAACCCAACACUCUGACGAGUCUGGAGCUCUUGCACAAUGGCAACUGCUCGUCUACGCUACACGACUUUUUGUGCAAUUCGCAUCAUCUGAUCCACCUCAAGGCCCCCAUGACACUUUACUCUGUCGAGCAUAUGGAUCUUCACGGACGACUGCUUAAUGCGCCAUAUCCAGGAAGAAAUAGACCGCCAACCAAGGCCGGAGUAUCUCCUCCAACACCACCUCCUGGGAUCUGGAAGUGCAGGAACCUGAGGACAUUGCACGUCAGUAUCAUCACUCCUGACACAAGUUCGCGAAGGAAGCGUUCGGGACCGUGCCCAGAGUUCUCACGGAUUGCCUUCGGAUACAUAUCUCGAGUUUGCCCACAACUUCGGGAUCUCAUGCUGCUUGACGAACUAUCGCCAGAGUACCCAACACUAGACAUGCGACUUCAGGGUGGGUUCUGUCUUUUGGGUCGACUUAAACAUCUGGAGAAGCUCAAAAUCGGGGAGUGGAGACGGCUAGAUAACCUGACAACCAGGAAUUUUGAAUGGUUCAUUGCGGCAGGAAGGACGGAAGCAUUGAAGGCAGAGAGGCAGGCUGCGUCGAAGGAGGGUUGGCGGCGGUUUUUGGAUACGGACGGUGACUUGGCACCCCAUCGAAUUGCAAAAGCAAAAGCAAAAACAAAAGCAGAUGCGACAAAAUUAACAGCACUAGCAGAACCAGCGGCACCAGCAGACCCAACAACACCAGCAAACCCGGCAACGCCAGCAGCAGAGGCUGCAGAAGUCGAAGGCGGUGGUGGAGAGAACGAGGACCCUGUCCAGCGCAAGAUGCACUUUGACUGGACGGAUGUAGAUCCAGGACUGAAGGAGGAUCUGAAGUAUUUGGGACUGGCGCACGAGAUCAAGGUCAUUUUUGACGAAGUGGACCAGAGAGGCCCUCCACAGGUCCCUUUCUUCUCAGCACUUCGAUAUGCCACUAUUUGUUCUCCCAGUAGACUAGAGUUGCCACCCGAGCGAGAGUACAAGCGUUUAGUCGUUACCCGUACGCAGGUGCCGUGGUAG